AUGAAACUAAUUAAUUAAUACUCAAAAUUGAAUAAUAACAUAAUUAAAAAGGAAAAGGAUUCGUUUUAGAUUUAAAAAAUUUUAGAAUUUUAAAAAUAAAUUAAAAAAAUAAAUUUCAGAUAUAACCAAUGCUUAAAGUAAUACUAAGAUAUCAUCAAAAAGCUUUCUUUUAAUUUUAUAGACAUAAAUGAAAUAUUCUUGCUUAUGGAAUAAUAUAGAGAAGAGAGAAACAGUUUAAAGGAUUAAAUUAUUAAUUAGUUAAGAUACAACAGCAACGAUUAAAGUCUAGAAAACCUUUGCUUAAAAUUUGACUUCUACUUACUGCAUAAAAACGAACUCGCUUAAUACUAUCAAAAGAUGAAUAGACAAAUGACUAUAAAAUAAAAAUAUAAACAUUUCUAUAAUAAAUCUAGUUGUAUAGCUUUUGUUUCACUGCUUGAAAAUUCAUUUGGUGUUGUUAAAAGUAUUAAUAAGUGUUUUUUGAAAACACUUGGUUUUUCAAAAAAAUCUUAGAUGAUUAACAAACCUCUAUAAUAAAUAUUUCCUUUAAAUCUUAUCUAAAAUAUGUAAUAAAAUAAACUUAGUUCAAUUAUAGCUGAGGAAUACUUAUAUUUCUAUAAUGAUAUUUUAGAUAUUCCUCUCUUUAUAGCAAGAAAUAGCAAUGGAUUUUCCUAGCCAUUUCAUGUUAAAAUACAAAGCCAAUUACUAAACAAUGAAGAUUUCGGACUAACUAUUUGGGCAUAACCAAUCUAAGAUAAUAAAAUUUAUAUAGUCUUAGAUUAUAAUGAUUUAUCUGAAGUUAAGGUGCUUAGUGAAGCCUUCAAAGAAAAAUUUAUAAAUGCAAAAUUUGAUCCUUAAAAUUUAAAAAAAAUCAGAAUGGAAUAAUUUAUCCCUAUAAUUGAUGGUUUGGUUAAAAAAUGUGAGAUUGAAAAUAAAAAUAAAAGAUUUGAAACAAUUUUGAUUAAACCUUAGAUGAAAACUAAUGAAAAAUAUUUGCCAAAUUUAAAUGAUUUAAAUUUCUUAAAUUCCCUAAAAUAUUAGGAAUUAUAUAAAAUAACAGUUAAUUUUCAGAUAAUUAAAACAAAAAUAACAUCUUUUGUUAUAAUGAUUAUAGAUAAUUAUGUGCAGAUAUAGAAUUAUGCUGAUAAUAUUAAUUUAAUUUAGUAAUAUCAGGAGUAGAUUAAAGAAAUUUGUGGAAUCUCUUUGAAUUUAAAUCUCUUUAAUUAAGAAUAUGAAGAACCCGUAAAUAAUAAUCGUUUAUUUAAAAACAAUUAAUUUCUUCAUGAAAAAUUGUAUGAUUAAAAUAAUAACCAAGAAAAUGACCAAAUAGAAUUAGCAACAAUAAUUUAAAAUCUUUAAACUAGCACAGUUAACUAUUUAACAAGCUAGAGAUAUCGCAAUGAUAAUGAUGUACAAAUGUCAUAAACUAAUAGAUCAUUGAUAGAUGCAUAAUUAAAUUAUUCAGAAAUAGGUUAAACAGAAGAAUUACAAAAUACUUACUUUUCAUAUAGAUAAAAAGAUAGUAGAGACUCAAGAUUAAAAAAUAAUAGCAAUUAUAAAGAAGAUUAAAGCUAACUUAAAUCUAAAGAAAAGAAUUUUGGCAAUUAUAACAAAGAAUCCAAAAUCGAUAUUAAGUUAAAGCAUAAUGAUAAUUAGAGAAAAAGAAGAUAUAAUGCAUCAAUCUUAAAAUAAUAAUGA